AUGAAGCAAGUUCAAGACCCGUUAUCAGCUCCAAAAUUACGAAACAACUCACUGGAUUGUCCACCUAAUCGAAAUACGGUAUUUAAAUUAAGCAAUCCUUCGUUGGACUACAAAGAUUAUUGUAAAGCAUCAUCGAUACGUGUUUUUGAUGACGUCGAUUCAGAAGAAGGCGAUCUUGCGCGACCCUCCGUCUUAUUUCCAUCUUUAAGGCUAUUGAUUGCCGCAUUGUUGUGUUGUUGUUUUGUCGCCUUAUCAGUUAGCACAUCAAAUAUGGCAGUUGCAUUGAUUUGUAUGACUUCAUGUCCAUUAAACAUUUAUAGUGGAGAUUUAGAUUGGAAAAAUGAACAGGAAGGACUUGUGCUGGCAGCUCAAAAUGCCGGAUCGUUAUUAAUGGUUGUAACAGGAUUAUGGGCAGAUCGAAUUAAUGGAAAAUGGAUGGUAGCUGGAGGUCUAAUUUUAUGCUUUGCUGCAAAUGCUGCUCUUCCUAUUAUGGCUUAUGACAGUUUUUGGUAUGCAGUCGCAGCACGAUUUGCAGUAGGUGCUGCAGACGCUUGUUUAAUGCCAUCAGCGAAUUCUCUUAUAACCAGAUGGUUUCCACAAGCUGAACGAGCAGCAGCUAUCGGUAUUAUCACUGGUGGGCGUCAAAUUGGUACUCUAUUUAUUCUACCUACGGCUGGCUAUCUGUGCUCGCGUAAAGAUAUUCUGAACGGUUGGCCAGCGAUUUUUUAUUUAAGUGCACUUAUCUCCAUAUUAGUUGGAUUGUUUUGGUUGCCGAUGGGUGCCGAUAAGCCUUCGAAACAAAUGUGUAUAUCGCAGCAAGAAAGACUGUAUAUCGAGAGCAGGAUAGCAUGUGAAUCUAUUGGAAAGCGUAAUGCACCAAGGAUAAUUCCAUGGUCAGCGAUAAUACGAUCAUCAGCACUUUGGGCAGGCAUAUUUGCACUGGUAUGUCAUGAAUAUCCCUUGGUCAUUAUGCUUCAGUUUCUGCCCAACUAUAUGCGUGAUGUGCUUCAAUUCGCUCCAACCAAAAAUGGAAUCGUUUCAGCCUUACCUAUUGCAUGUUUGUUUAUCAGCAAAACACUAUCAUCCACCUUGUCGACAUGGUUAAAUAGAAAUACAACAUGGGGCAGAACAACACUUUGCAAACUAUUCAAUGGUAUCGCAUCAAGCGGUUUAUCAAUUUGUAUAUUUCUUGUCACAUGUUUUGAUGAGAAAACCUCUGUCUUGGCUACGGUUGCUUUUUGUGGUGCAAUGCUAUUUGCAGGUCUACAUACUCCAGGCGUUCAAACUGCUCUUGUUCAAUUAGCACCGCCAUUUUCUGGUAUUAUAACAGGUCUGUCAUUUUUUGUUGUUGCAUGGUUUGGUAUUGGCAAUAAAAUACUUACGAAACAUAUGGUGAAAAAUGGCGUUGCUAAAGAAUGGGCAAUGGUGUUCUACAUCUCUGGAAUUAUUGCUGCUUUACCCGUUAUUUUUUUUACUAUUUGGGGAUCGGCUGAUCGACAAUGGUGGUCGGCACCAAGUUCAAAGGCAUCAACACACAGUUUAAAUACACAAGAAACGACCGUGGCGCAUUAA